UCACCCGCUCUUUUCUUUCUCUCUUACCCUUCGCCUCCGGAAACGCUGUUCAUUCAUUCGUUCAUUCUCACUCUCAAUCUAACCACACCACACCUUCAAUUCCUUCUCUCUCUUUCUCUCAUCUUCGCAAUUUUCGAAUUCCACUUCUUGCACACUGUUCAAUUUUCCACACACCACUUUCACAUUUUUCACGCCUCAAACGAUCAAUGACGAUUAUCGCACAGUGCAGCACCACCACGCUCCACCAACAUCAUCUACAUUCCACUUCCUCAUCUUGAUUCUUCAAUCAAACAGAGGUGAAAAUCUAGGUCGCCGGCGCCGGAGAGGAAUAAAAUGGCGAAUCCGGAAGCAGGAUUGACGAGGCGGCCAUCGAGAAGCGCGGCGACCACGACCGUCUCGAUGGAGGUUUUCGGGAACGAGGUGGUGCCAUCCUCACUCGCCACAAUUUCGCCUAUUCUCAGAGUCGCAAACGAGAUCGAAACUGAACGUCCCAGGGUUGCCUAUCUCUGUAGGUUCUAUGCGUUCGAGAAAGCGCACAGGCUGGAUCAAACUUCCAGCGGGCGUGGUGUGAGGCAGUUUAAGACGUUGCUGCUACAGCGAUUGGAGAGGGACAAUGCAACUAGUCUUGCCUCACGGGUUAAGAAGACGGAUGCGAGAGAAAUUCAAGCUUAUUAUCAACAAUACUAUGACCAAUAUGUCAAAGCCCUUGACCAAGUGGACCAGGCAGACAGAGCCCAGCUCAGCAAAGCUUACCAGACUGCUGGGGUGCUAUUUGAAGUGCUUUGUGCAGUUAAUAAGACUGAGAAGGUCGAAGAAGUAGCUCCUGAGAUUAUCGCGGCUGCUAGAGAUGUCCAGGAAAAGACGGAGAUUUACACACCUUAUAAUAUUCUUCCUCUGGAUUCUGCUGGUGCUUCUCUGCCUAUUAUGCAGCUUGAAGAGAUUAAGGCCGCUGUUUCUGGGCUCCGGAAUACUCGUGGCUUGAACUGGCCUAGUUCAAUCGAGCAACACAGGCAGAAAGCCGGAGAUUUGGACAUGCUUGAUUGGCUUAGAGCUAUGUUUGGUUUCCAGAGGGACAACGUGAGGAAUCAGAGAGAGCAUUUGAUCCUUCUCCUUGCCAACUCUCAAAUAAGGCUACACCCUAAACCUGAGCCUUUCAACCAGCUUGAUGAUCGGGCCGUUGAUUCAGUGAUGAAAAACCUCUUUAAAAAUUAUAAAACAUGGUGCAAAUUUUUGGGACGAAAGCAUAGUUUACGACUUCCUCAAGGUCAGCCAGAGAUACAGCAGAGAAAGGUUCUCUAUAUGGGCUUGUAUCUUCUGAUCUGGGGUGAAGCAGCCAAUGUUCGCUUCAUGCCAGAGUGUCUGUGCUACAUAUUUCACAACAUGGCAUAUGAACUACACGGUUUAUUGGCUGGAAAUGUCAGCAUAGUUACAGGUGAGAAUAUCAAGCCUUCUUAUGGGGGUGAUGACGAGGCAUUCCUGCGCAAGGUUAUAACUCCCCUAUACCGAGUAAUUGAAAAGGAAGCCAAGAAGAGCAGAAAUGGAAAGGCUCCACUCUCAGCAUGGUGCAACUAUGAUGAUCUAAAUGAGUAUUUCUGGUCACUUGAUUGCUUUUCUCUUGGAUGGCCCAUGCGUGAUGACGGUGAUUUUUUCAAAUCGACAACUGAUUUGACACGGGGGAAAAAGAGUGCUCCAAGAAAAACCGGAAAAACUGGAAAAUCAAAUUUUGUUGAGUCGCGAACAUUCUGGCACAUCUUCCGCAGUUUUGAUCGUCUGUGGACCUUUUUUAUACUGGGUUUGCAGGUGAUGUUCAUUAUUGCAUGGGAGGGAAUUUCUCUUAUGGAUGUCUUUCAGAAGGAUGCAUUAUAUAAUCUCUCUAGUAUAUUCAUCACAGCAUCCAUUCUGCGCUUACUUCAAAGUAUAUUGGACCUAGUCCUGAACUUUCCAGGCUAUCAUCGAUGGGAAUUCACUGAUGUUCUAAGAAACAUUCUUAAAGUCAUUAUCAGUCUUUUAUGGGUUAUCAUUCUUCCACUGUUCUAUGUACAUUCCUUCAAGGGUGCACCGGAGGGUCUCAAGGAGUUGCUUUCCUUUUUUAAACAAAUAAAAGGCAUUCCAGCAUUGUACAUGCUAGCAGUUGCAUUGUAUAUGCUUCCAAAUUUACUAGCAGCUGCUCUCUUUCUUUUCCCAAUGCUAAGGCGUUGGAUUGAAAACUCAGACUGGCAUAUAAUUCGAUUCUUCUUAUGGUGGUCUCAGCCAAGAAUCUAUGUUGGAAGAGGAAUGCAUGAAAGUCAAUUUUCUCUCCUAAAGUACACUAUUUUUUGGGUGUUGCUUUUGGCUUGCAAAUUUUUAUUCAGUUUUUUUUUCCAGAUAAAACCGUUAGUUAAGCCAACCAAGGACAUAAUGAGCAUUCAGCACGUUGAUUUUGCUUGGCAUGAGUUUUUCCCCAAUGCUAAAAAUAACUACGGUGCGGUUGUUGCACUCUGGGCUCCUGUACUUAUGGUUUAUUUCAUGGACACUCAAAUUUGGUAUUCAAUCUUCUCAACUUUGUACGGUGGCGUUGUUGGAGCCUUUGAUCGUCUAGGAGAGAUACGAACUAUGAGCAUGCUAAGAUCGCGAUUUCAGUCAUUGCCCGGUGCAUUCAACACAUACUUGGUUCCUUCAAAUAAGCAAAAAGGGAGAUUCUCUUUCUCAAAGCAAUUUGCCGAGGUUUCUGCAAGCAGAAGGAGUGAAGCUGCCAAAUUUGCCCAAUUAUGGAAUGAAAUUAUUUGCAGUUUUCGUGAGGAAGAUCUCAUAAGUGAUAGGGAGAUGGAUCUUUUGCUGGUUCCUUACUCAUUGGGUCCUAGUCUAAAAAUCAUUCAGUGGCCGCCAUUUUUGCUUGCAAGCAAGAUUACCGUAGCACUGGAUAUGGCAACCCAGUUUCGGGGGAGGGACUCUGAUCUUUGGAAGCGCAUAUGUGCAGAUGAAUAUAUGAAAUGUGCUGUGAUUGAAUGCUAUGAAUCUUUUAAACAAGUUCUACAUGAUCUAGUAGUAGGAGAAACUGAGAAAAGGAUAAUUUCCAUCAUCAUUAAAGAAGUUGAGAGCAACAUGUCAAAGAAUACACUUAUUACAAAUUUCCGAAUGGGCUUUUUACCCUCCCUAUGUAAGAAGUUUGAGGAGCUUGUGGAAAUCUUGCGAGAUGGAAAUCCAUCCAAACGAGGUACAGUUGUCGUCUUGCUCCAAGACAUGUUAGAAGUGGUUACUGAUAUGAUGGUGAAUGAAAUCAGUGAAUUGGCAGAACUUAAUCAAAGUAGUAAGGAUACUGGACGUCAAAUUUUUGCUGGUACUGAGGCAAAGCCUGCCGUGGUAUUCCCUCCCGUGGUUACCGCACAAUGGGAGGAGCAGAUAAGACGUCUUUAUCUACUCUUGACGGUGAAGGAAUUAGCCAAUGAGAUUCCAACCAACAGUGAAGUACGUAGAAGGAUUGCAUUUUUUACCAAUUCAUUGUUCAUGGACAUGCCAACUGCUCCCCGAGUCCGUAAAAUGCUCUCAUUCAGUGUCCUCACUCCAUACUACAGUGAAGAGACAGUAUAUUCUAAGAAUGACAUCGAGCUUGAGAAUGAAGACGGCGUGUCAAUCAUAUAUUAUCUGCAAAAGAUAUUCCCUGAUGAAUGGAAUAACUUCAUGGAGCGAAUUGAUUGUAAAAAAGAUAGUGAGAUAUGGGAGAAAGAAGAGAAUAUAUUACAGCUACGUCACUGGGCCUCAUUAAGAGGACAAACUCUUUGCAGGACAGUUAGGGGAAUGAUGUACUACCGGCGGGCAUUAAAGCUCCAAGCAUUUCUUGAUAUGGCUAAUGAAAAAGAGAUACUUGAUGGCUAUAAAGCUAUUACAGUUCCAUCUGAGGAAGAUAAAAAGAGUCAGAGAUCUCUAUAUGCCAGUUUAGAGGCUAUGGCUGAUAUGAAAUUCACAUACAUUGCUACCUGUCAGAACUAUGGAAAUCAGAAGCGCAGCGGAGACCGCCGUGCAACAGAUAUCCUGAAUUUGAUGGUUAACAAUCCCUCACUUCGUGUUGCAUAUAUUGAUGAGGUUGAAGAAAGGGAAGGUGGAAAUGUACAGAAAGUGUAUUAUUCUGUGUUGAUCAAAGCUGUGGACAAUAUUGACCAAGAAAUAUUUCGAAUAAAACUUCCUGGUCCAGCGAAGUUAGGAGAAGGGAAGCCUGAAAACCAAAAUCAUGCCAUCAUUUUUACUAGAGGGGAGGCUCUUCAGGCUAUUGACAUGAACCAGGACAAUUACUUGGAAGAAGCUUUAAAAAUGCGUAACCUGCUAGAAGAAUUCAAUAAGGAUCAUGGAAUGCGCCCACCUACCAUAUUAGGUGUUCGUGAACAUAUCUUUACUGGAAGUGUUUCUUCGUUGGCUUGGUUUAUGUCAAAUCAAGAAACUAGCUUUGUCACAAUUGGUCAAAGAGUUCUUGCAAGACCGCUGAAAGUUCGAUUCCACUAUGGUCAUCCGGAUGUUUUUGAUAGAAUCUUCCAUUUUACUCGUGGUGGAGUCAGCAAGGCUUCUCGUGGUAUCAAUCUGAGCGAGGAUAUAUUUGCUGGAUUCAACUCAACAUUAAGACGUGGGAAUAUUACCCAUCAUGAAUAUAUCCAAGUCGGAAAGGGUAGAGAUGUUGGGCUCAAUCAAAUCUCUCUUUUUGAAGCAAAAGUGGCCUGUGGUAAUGGAGAACAGACACUUAGCAGGGAUAUCUACCGACUGGGGCAUCGAUUUGACUUUUUCCGCAUGCUAUCAUUUUAUUUUACAACUGUGGGAUUUUAUGUCAGCUCAAUGUUGGUGGUUCUCACUGUUUAUGCUUUCCUAUAUGGCAAACUUUACCUGUCAUUGAGUGGAUUUGAGGCUGCUAUAGUUAAGUUCGCUAGAAGGAAGGGAGACGAUCCUUUAAAGGCAGCAAUGGCUUCACAGUCCCUUGUUCAAAUAGGUCUUCUGAUGACUCUGCCCAUGGUCAUGGAAAUUGGGCUAGAGAGAGGGUUCAGAACUGCAGUCGUUGACGUCAUAAUAAUGCAGCUGCAGCUGGCACCCGUUUUCUUUACCUUUUCACUUGGGACGAAGAUGCACUAUUUUGGGCGCACUCUCCUGCAUGGAGGGGCAAAGUACCGAGCAACAGGUCGUGGUUUUGUAGUUCGUCAUGAGAAGUUUGCGGAAAACUACAGGCUGUACUCUAGGAGUCACUUCGUAAAAGGGAUAGAGCUAACUAUACUGCUUAUAUGUUACAAAAUUUAUGGAUCAGCAACUCCUGAUUCAACAGCAUAUACUCUUCUCUCAUGUUCAAUGUGGUUUUUGGUGUGUUCUUGGCUGUUCAGCCCUUUCCUUUUUAAUCCAUCAGGAUUUGAGUGGCAGAAGAUAGUUGAAGACUUUGAUGAUUGGACAAAAUGGAUAACUAGUCGAGGUGGUAUUGGUGUUCCUUCAAACAAGAGCUGGGAAUCAUGGUGGGAUGAGGAACAGGAGCAUCUGCAGUACACUGGGAUUUUGGGGCAGAUUUGGGAGGUUGUUCUUGCCCUGCGUUUCUUUGUCUAUCAGUACGGGAUCGUGUAUCAUCUACACGUAGCCAGGGGUGACCAGAGCAUCAUGGUUUAUGCUCUGUCCUGGAUAGUCAUAUUAGCUGUCAUGGUCAUCUUGAAGGUCGUGUCCAUGGGUAGAAAGACAUUCAGCGCAGAUUUUCAGCUGAUGUUUCGUCUCCUCAAAGUGCUUCUGUUUAUAGGAACCAUUGUUAUUCUAGUCUUGUUGUUUACUCUACUUAGUCUCACUGUCGGAGACAUCUUUGCGAGCCUCCUAGCAUUCAUGCCAACUGGUUGGGCAUUGAUACAGAUAGCUCAAGCGUGGAGGCCAGUGAUAAAAGGCAUUGGAAUGUGGGGGUCUGUCAAGGCUUUAUCAAGGGGGUAUGAAUACGUUAUGGGAGUGGUUAUCUUUGCGCCAAUAGCGAUAUUAGCUUGGUUUCCAUUUGUUUCAGAAUUCCAAACUAGACUGCUAUACAACCAAGCAUUCAGCCGAGGGCUUCAAAUCCAGCGCAUUCUGUCUGGUGGCAAGAAGAAUAAAUAAGACAGAUGUGAAUCAUUAGCAGCAAGAUUAUUACAGAAAGAUGAGUUGAAUGUUCAUGCAUGCAGAGAAAUUUAAGCAAAUAUAAUUUGGAGCAGACUGCAUAUUGAGACUGCAGAAGGAUUCUUCAGAGCUAGAGUUGGAUAAAUUCUUGACCACUGGAAGAUGGUGAAUCGGAUCUUAUCCGUGCAGCAAAACAGGUGAAACUAGUAUGAAAACGUGUUUUGAUAGUUUCUGUGGAAAUGGUUCAAUUAUCAUGAGCAGUCUCAUUUCUAUUUUUUGGUUGAAUUUUUAUUCUGGCAAGGAAAUAGUUGAUGGUAGGAACUCUCAGGAUUAUUGGUUAGUUUAGUGCCACGAGGAUUACCACUCUUAGGCAACAGUUAAAUUGUUAGUAUAUCUGUGUUUAACCCUUUUUUUUCCAGCUAGAUUAAAUAAACUUUUCCCUAAUGGGAGAAUUAUAUGUAAAGAAAAUUUUCCCCAAUCAUUUUCGUUCACUCUACUCUAAUGGAGCAGCCAAAGAUGUGAAUAUACAUACAUGUAAAUGUUCUAUAUAGUAACUGCUUUGAUCUUGAAUAAAGUUAUAGCAAUUGAUGGAAAA